GUCGUGCCGAGUCAGGGCCGCCUCACCCAGGUUGCUUGCCGUGCGCCAGUCGCGCGGAGGGCUCGGACCGCGUCCGGGAACUUUCCCUGCCGCGCGCGCCACGGCUCCCCACCCCAGUCCAGUCCACCGCCUCCUCCCCCUCCCUUUCCUCUCCCCUUCUCCGACGCGGGCACGGCGCCUAUAUAAACCCGGCCGCCGGGCGGAGCAGCAAGCACACAACCAAACUGAACACCUGCAAGAGCACAGAGAGAGAGAGAGAGAGAGGUCAAGGAGGGAGUCAGAAUUCUCGAGAAGCAAAGGGGCUCGGUCGACGUCUGCGAGAGCUGGUUCGAGUUACCGCUAGCUGCCUGCGACCAUGGACAAGAUCCUGGCCUUCUCGAUCCUGAGCUCCUCCCCGGCCGACAUCUCCGCGAGCGGGUUCUCCACCCAGCUGUCGUGGAGGACCCCCUCCGCCGGGAGCCAGAAGCAGCAGCAGCUGCAGCGGCAGGCGGAGCAGGCGCCGAAGCAGCAGGAGGGGAAGGCCGCGGAGCAGCGGGGCCCGCGGCCGGCGGCGGCGGAGAGGAAGGCGCGGUUCGCGCCGGAGUUCGACGGGAUCAACUGCUUCGAGUCCAUAGUCUCCUCCUGAUCCCGGGGGGCUCCGCGGUUUUCCCUUCCUGGUUCAAUUUUUCUUGGUUGCUGCUGGGUGAAGCGACGAGUGAGUAAUCUGUACAGAGCUGUGUACACCACGCAAGUGAAUGGAUGACCAUACGUUCGUUUGAUUCGUUACAAA